CGACAACCCCUGCUUAUGCUAUGCAUGCAUGGGGACUACCAGUAACUCUGGAGAGGGCAUUCAAGGAAGAAAUCGCCUCGAAAAGAGAAUGAACUGAAACGUACACACUAUAUGCACAACAUUGGUUCCUCUCAAAUAAGGAACAAAAGAAGCAAGCAAAAAUGGCAGCUUCAGCCGGUCCCCUCCCACAGCUCAUGAAGGCACAGUUCCUGGACGCCUUCAACACCCCCUAUGCACUCCGCUCCGUCCCUCUCCCGGAGCUCAGCUCCCCCCACGACAUCCUUAUCAAAGUCGACGCCGCCUCCUACUGCCACACCGAUGCCGUCCUCGCCGCCGGGCAGAUGCUUCCCAACCCGCCCUCGUUUCCGCACAUCGGCUGCCACGAAUUCGCCGGAACCAUUGUGGGCCUACCACCAAACUCCUCCCCGUCCUCUUCUCCCUCGUUCCGGAUAGGCGACCGAGUCGGCGUGCCGGGCCGCUCGUUCCACCCCUGCGGCACCUGUUUCGAAUGCGCAUCCGGUCCCACCCCCGAAGAGCCCGACGCUGAUCCGCCCGGGUACUCUGUGUACUGCCCACGCUCGCAUAACAACGGGCUGAGCGGCCCCGGUGGUUUCAGGGAGUACGCCGUCGUGGACAGCCGUCAGGUGGCGCCCAUCCCAGAAGGCAUGUCUGCAGUCAACACGGCCGCGCUCAUGUGUGCCGGUGUCACGGUCUACGCCGCCCUGAAGCGGUGUGGUUUGAAACCCGGGCAGCGAGUCGGUGUCAUGGGGUGUGGCGGGGGAUUGGGCCAUCUGGGGCUCCAGUUCGCCGUCAACAUGGGGCUCAAGGUCGUGGGCGUCGACAAUGCGGAUGCGCCGCUGCAGCUGGCCAGGAGCAUCGCCGAGGGCGCAAGGAUAGUAGACGCAAGAGCCGAAAAGGCAGCCGACGUCGUGACUCAGCUCGGCCAAGAAGACGGGAAACAGGACAGGGGGGACAUGGGCCUGGACGCCGUCAUCGUUCUGCCAGAGAGCCAGGCGGCCUUUGACUACGGCGUCGCUCUCCUCAGAAACCACGGAAAGUGCAUCGUCGUCUCCUUUCCGGAGAAGGGAUUCCACCUCUCCGCUCGAGAUGUCGUAUUCCGGGACAUUUCCAUCGUGGGUAGUCUCGUGGGCAGCAACAAGACGUUGAGAGAGAUGCUGCAGUUCGCUGCAGAACAUAACGUCAAGGCAAACAUCAAGACGUUCCCCCUGUCUAGAUUGAACGACUUGGUGACCGAGUACCACAGGGGACGAGGUGGGAAACUUGCCAUUGACAUGGCUCUUCCCGAUGGACCCUGAAGUGGUCAUAGAAGAAGGAGUAGCAGCAUCGGCAUUUAGGUAGCUUCCAACAUGUCCGCGUAAAUGUUCAAAGAACUCCCAAUCACAUCGACUAUCGCCCAUGUCUGAGCCCCUCUGAAGAUGGUUGCCCACACCCUCAACACCCCUGCAUUGAGGUACCUGGCCAUCUCCGG